CGCGCGAGUGUCUCGUGAUGCUCACCGGAAAUAAACUAACUGCAAGAGUUGCGAGACAAACGGAAAAUAAACAGCGAUAAAAUGAACUAAAACCAGAUUAAAACAUUAAAAAACAACUAAAGAAGAAAAGAAAACUCUAAAGGAGAGAAUUAUACAGCAGUCAGGAUUAAAGAUGUGUCGCUGUAGUUUAACAGAUAUCACUAAAUCAACUCUAUGAUUGACUGACAGAUACAGAUAUGUGGUGGUUUCAGGAAGGUUUGUGUGCUUUACCCGUGGCGUUGGUGGUGUGGACCUCUGCCACCUUCAUCUUUGCUUACAUCACAGCUGUUGUACUGCGACAUGUGGAUCCUCUGGUACCUUACAUCAGUGAUACAGGAAGUGUUGCUCCAGAGAGAUGCGUGUUUGGGAUCAUGCUGAACGUCUCUGCGUUUUUAGGUGUCGCUACGAUGUAUGUGCGAUAUAAGCAGCUUCAGGCCCUGAUUGAUAAUAGUGAAACUCGUCUGCAUCGUCUGAAUGGAGUGGGUUUUGUUCUGGGUUGUGGUAGCUGUUUUGGCAUGUGUGUAGUCGCAAACUUUCAGAAAACCACACUGUUCGUGAUGCAUCUGGUGGGCGCAGUGCUGACGUUUGGCGUCGGUGCUUUGUACAUCUUUGUCCAGACAAUACUGUCCUACUACAUGCAGCCACACUUUCAUAGUAAAACCAUGUUCUGGACCCGUCUGAGUGUGGGGAUUUGGACUUUAGCCAGUAUUAUCAGUAUGUUUGUGUCAUCUGUUAUCAUGUACAGCAUAUUAGCUGGAGUAGAAGUCAACAAGAAGUUACACUGGACCCCUGGAGAACUUGGUUACACACCUCACAUCAUCAGCACCAUCUCUGAAUGGUCUCUGGCUCUGUCCUUCGUCAGCUUCUUCCUCACGUACAUCAGAGACUUUAAGAAGAUCAAUCUGAGAGCCGAGGCGAAGCUUCACAGUGAUCAUCUGUACCCAACUCCCCGCGCGGCCACAGAGACGUCACCACUGCUGGCCGGCAGCAUCUGAGACUCUGAAGAUCCAGCAGAUGGCAGCAACGUUCAGGGUUUCUACAGAUACUUCACACUAACACACGUGUGGGAUAUACAGCAUUAUCAUGUUGCGUUUGUGACGGUUUAAUGGAUCUGAAUGGAAUUCUGAAUAUUCAUUACUUUCUUUUAUAUUACAAUGUUAAUACUUUUCUUUUUGUAGAUGAUAAACACACAUUGUUUAUAGUUAACGGAGAAAUGAAAGCCUAUAUUAUUGACCGGUCAUUACUGUAAUACAGAUGAUGUUAUUUUUAUUAAAGUGUUUAUAUUAUUCAUAUAAAGAUCUGUAUACAUGUUACAGUCAUCCUAAUGGCUCUAAAGCAUUUAAUUUCAUUUUCAUAAUAAAACAUCAUCUAUAAUAUUAUACUGAAUAUCACAGAUCUCUUUGAAUGACUUCAGUGUAUAUUUUAUUAAAUAAACAUUCAUUACAAAACAAAUAACAACAUAAAAAUAAAUUCCUUCAGCUUAUAACAUGAUGUCUGUAUGUGUUAAUAUAACAAAGAGUGUAACAGAUGAUAUCAGCUAACAAUAAACACAAGAUAUAUUCACAUCAUGAAACACGGUCACACAACAAAACCUCGAAUAAAUGUCUUUGUCUUC